AUGUACGGAUACGACCAGAAACCAUCUCAAGGAGGCUGGCCCUCUUAUUCUCACCCCGAUGCGAAUCCCCAUGCGUCUUUGCUCCAUAACCAAGCUGGCUAUGCGCAACCUUCCGGGUUCCCUCCGCGUCAGGACUACGGUGGUGCCGCCGCAUCCCAGCCACACGGUCAGCUAUCGUAUGGCCAGCCUUCUCCCCAGAGUACUCCUGGAGCCCUGGUUUUCAACUUCGGCGCCAAGUCCGCAGUGCUUAACGCGCAAGUCGUUGACCCAUACGGGCGCGCCGUCUAUUCUUUCCAAAGCAGCAAGAAGGAGACAACGGUCCUUGAUGGACAGCAUAACGCCGUCGCUCGAGUGGAAUGGAAUCACUCCAGUCCCGUGAUGCAAUGGCGAGGUAAUAAGCAGAAGAUCAAGGAGUGGAUGCCAAUAGAUAAGAAGACGAAAGCCUCGCGGUCGUUCAGUCAUGACGGCCAGAGUUACAUCUGGGCCGAUCAGCCGGACGGUGCUUGCUGGCUCCUUCAUCAAGCCCGUCCUGGUGUCCCUCUGGCGAUAUGGCAUGAUCCUGGUGCCAACCUGGACGUUCAAAUCGCGCGGGAAGCGUUGCAGAACAAUCUUCUGGAACCUAUCGUACUCGGAGUUAUGCUGAUGAAUAGCGGAAAGCCGUUCGGAGACGUUGGGGGAAGUAGCAGCGGCGCAAAUUACGGAAUUUUCGGAGGUAUGAUCGGGACCGCCCUCUCCUCACUGUCCUAA